CAUAGACUUACCAUAGAGGUUAUCAACUGGCCCAAGUGGCCUAUCUGGCUGUGUAAAAUUACCGAAUUGCCCUCAGUUUAGGAUGUCUAUUUCGUGGCCGGUAACACCCAUCAAUCUUUCAAAACCCAUAACUCUCUUAUCAGCUAAACACCACCUACAGGCUACAACCAUGGCUCCGAUGGCAAACCUUAACCAAAUUUUCAUCACUUUUCCGGCCAUCCCAAAGCUUUCCGGCGACGGAAAGUCCCGGCCAGAUGCAGGUACAGCCCGUUUGACCGGAAUCAAUGCGGAGGAAACUCAAAACCACCCAUUAAAACCAACAAGAAGACUGGCAUUAGGACUCGGCUCUUUGGGACUCUUUGCAAAUUCCAACAUUUCCGUUGUUCUUGCGGAAGAUAACGGUUUUUGGCUCACCGGACCUAUUCCGAUACCCCGGGCCUUAAAUAUGAUCGAUAACUUGGAGACGGGCACACGGUCUUUCUUAAAGACGGGAGUGUACAUAGCCGAUAUUGGGACUAAAGGAAGACAAUUUCGGCUAAAGAAGUACGCAUUUGAUCUUCUAGCAUUGGGGGAUUUGAUAGUGAUCACUGCUGCUACAUCCGACGAAAAGCCACCACUCCUCGAUCUUGCAAACAGAUUGUUUGAUACGGUUGAAAAGCUAGAAGAUGCAGUAAAGAAACAAGACCUUCCUCAAACUGAAUUAUUGUACAAAGACACAACAGUUAUUCUUCAAGAAGUUAUGACGAAAAUGGCAUAAAACUUGUCAUGACAUGAAAUGUAUGUGCCAUGAUUGUGAAUCAUCUUCCUCAGCUUUGUUUUUAUUGUUAAUUGUUCUAUAUGAUGAUAGAAAUACAACAUGUGUUGAUCAUAUACAUAUUCCAAACUCUUAAUGUUCAAACAUAGUCAUAUGUUUGUUAGAAAUUAGGGGUGCGAAAAAUGUUUUGAUAAUCAAUGAAUAUGGAUUUCUUCAGAAUUAUGUUCUGUAUUGAUAUUUCUCUCAAGUGUACGGGUUAACAUGAAAAUCAAUGAAUAUGGAUUUUUUUGGAGAGUAUAUAUA